CGUCGCCUCCGUUGCCGGGGAAACGACCCCGGACCUGGGAGGGAGCAAAGACGUUUCCCGCCGGCGGGAGCCGUGGCUGUGGUUGAGAGAGGGGCUAGAGGCGGGUCCCAGCGCUGCAGCACCAUGGCGGACCAGCUUUAUCUGGAAAAUAUAGACGAGUUCGUCACGGACCAAAACAAGAUCGUGACGUACAAAUGGCUGAGCUAUACACUUGGGGUUCAUGUAAACCAGGCCAAACAGAUGCUGUACGAUUAUGUUGAAAGGAAACGAAAAGAAAAUUCAGGAGCCCAACUGCAUGUCACCUAUUUGGUGUCUGGCAGUCUCAUUCAGAAUGGACAUUCCUGCCACAAGGUUGCAGUAGUGAGAGAGGAUAAAUUGGAAGCAGUGAAGUCCAAGCUAGCUGUGACUGCCAGCAUCCAUGUGUACAGCAUCCAGAAAGCCAUGCUAAAGGACAGUGGGCCUCUGUUCAAUACUGACUAUGACAUCCUUAAAAGCAACUUGCAGAACUGCAGCAAAUUCAGUGCAAUACAAUGUGCAGCUGCAGUCCCUAGAUCUCCUGCUGAAUCCUCUUCAUCUUCCAAAAAGUUUGAGCAGUCACAUCUUAACAUAUCAAGUGAGACACAAGCCAACAAUGAGCCGACCACCAAUGGUCAUGGCCCCCCUCUGUCCAAGCAGGUUUCCCAGCAGCCCAGAGGAAUUAUGGGACUGUUUGCCUCCAAAGCAACUGCUAAAACCCAAGAAAUCAACAAGGAAGCAAAAACAGAGGCAAAAGAAGUAACAAAUGCAUCUUCGGCAGGCAACAAGGCACCAGGGAAAGGGAAUGUGAUGAGCAACUUUUUUGGAAAAGCUGCUAUGAAUAAACUUAAAGUCAGUUUGGACUCAGAACAAGCAGUGAAAGAAGAAAAAAUAGUGGAGCAACCUACAGUGUCUGUCACUGAACCAAAGCUGGCAGCUCCUGCAGGCCUGAAAAAAUCCAGCAAAAAAGCAGAGCCUGUUAAGAUGCUGCAGAAGGAAAAAAAAAGGGGGAAGCGAGUAGCGUUAUCUGAUGAUGAGACUAAGGAAACUGAAAACAUGAAGAAAAAGAGGAGAAGAAUCAAACUUCCUGAGUCUGAUAGCAGUGAAGAUGAAGUCUUCCCUGACUCUCCUGGGGUUUAUGAAGCUGAGUCACCAUCCCCUCCUCCUCCUGCGUCUCCAUCUCUUGAACCAGUGCCAAAGACUGAGCCUGAACCUCCUUCUGUCAAGAGCUCAAGUGGAGAAAACAAAAGAAAACGAAAACGUGUACUAAAAUCUAAAACUUACGUGGAUGAGGAAGCUUGCAUAGUGACUGAAAAAGUCUACGAGAGUGAAUCCUGCACAGAUAGUGAAGAGGAGCUUAAGAUGAAGACAUCUUCAUUACACAGACCCCCUGCCAUGACUGUGAAAAAAGAACCCAAAGAGGAACGAAAGGGCCCCAAAAAAGGGACUGCUGCUCUGGGCAAAGCCAACAGACAGGUGUCCAUUACUGGCUUCUUCCAGAGGAAAUAAACUGGCAUCUCUGGUAGAUCAGAGACUUGGAGUGGUCAAGGGAGAAGACCAAGAAGUGUGCUCCUCACUUACUAUGUAAGUUCAUCUAGAUCUCCACCUCACCUGUAUCAAAAGACUGUUCUUUCAUCCUGUGAGGUUUAUACUAUUUCUGGUUUUUAACCAAAGGGAAAUCAUCUGGAAGCAGGAGGCAAAAAGCUGUUACCUUCUAAUGACAUUUAAAAAGCACAAUCUUUGACCUGUCCAGGAGAAGGAUUUACUCCAAAAUUAUACUGGAACAGGUUUCAGAAUCCUCACUGAAGCCAUUUAGUGGCUAAUCCACUGUGCCCCACUCACCCUAUGCCCUGGUCCGCAUAUGGCACAGGAACGAUCCCUUCUUGUUCCUCCGUAUUCUGAGAAUUGGUGUGGGUGUUUCUUAUCCUUAAAUUUUACUGGAUGUGUUUACGCCUCCUGUCUUCCUCCAGUACCACACUCUGUCCCUUAAUCUCCUGAAACUGUUCUCUGUAAGUCUUUUUUAAGUCUUGGUUGAACUAAAGGCUGAAGCAAAAAUCUUGCUGUAAUCCUCUUCCUCCGUUAUGCAGUACACGGACACCUGGCUACAGACCAGGACAUGGCUUGUGUUCUGUCCCUUUUGCAAAAGCUCUCUGGGACCUUCACUCGAAAUUAGUGGUUAGGGAAAAGCCUCAGGCAGAACACAAAUAGAAAUGUAAUGAUAUGUUCAACUCCACCAGAAAUUACCUUGAGUCAGCAUUGAUGAUGUUGGAGGAGCUGCUGUGCUGCUCACACGGGGUGUGCUUUAUGCUGCUCUUUGUGGUUUGUUGGUCCCCGCCCCCCCCACUUAACAAUACCUAGAGAGUGAAACCCGUACAAUGAGAUAAAGACUAAAUAGAGAAAUCCCUUCCUAUAUACAGUGUACUACGUUUACAUAAAAUUUCUCCUCCUGAAGAAAACAGGAUACUCAGAACCAGCACUUUUCUAGGAAGUCACCGAGGAAGAUAAGGCAAUCGUUUAUACAUGGAUGUUGCUCCUUUGUAUUUUUAGCUCCACUGUUUGCUUUAAAUUACAGGUUCCCCAAGAGGAGACAGACUGAAUUGUUAGUAGGUCUAAACAGCAAAGAAAACAUUUUUAUUAGUUACUUAUGGGAAAUCAUCUAUUCCAAUGAUAAUCUUCAAGUGACUUCCAUUAUGGCUGUACAGGUAGUUAGCUCAGUGGAUUGCGGUGGUGUGCUGGUGCUCUUGCACAGUGAGCUCUAUGGACGGGGUCAGGCUACACUGCUGAUGUGUCUCACGUAGCAGACAAGGGGUGUCUGACCAGCUCCUUCCUCCUCAGGCUGGUGUAUGUCGUAAGUCAUGCAAUCAGUUGUCUCUACUUUAAGGUUGGGAUUGUGCUGACCUUGGGAUUAACAUGAGCUUCUUUAGCAACCAAACAUGAACUUGAUUAAGACCGGAAGUUUGGGAGAUGAGUCCUGGCAUUAUGUCUAGAACUAAAGCAGUGGCUUUAUACAGCAAGCUGAGUAAAGGUUGACAUACUCCAAAAACCUUUCUUUUUAAAAUGAAAGAGGAUGGAGAGGAUGGAAAGCCUGGACUUAAACCUUUACAAAAAACUUCUGGAGAGAAAUCCCCUUUAAACAGUUAUUUUUGUCAUUGUCUCUGGUUGUUUGUCUAAAUAGGAAUGGAAAAUUAAAAGAAAAGCAACGAUCAAAUUUUUUUUUUUUAAUUAUGAUGCUGGGGUCUUGACUAAAACUGAAUUUGAAUUGGAAAAUUCUGGUGCUGGUUGGAGUUCCAUGUAUUGAGUGGUGGGUUUUUUUUUUUUUUCGUUUUAUACAAUACCAUGUUAUCCACAGGAGUUAAAUAAAUUUGAGAAGUUGUUUUAAAACAGUGCUUCAAA